UCUGCCACUGCUGAGCUCUCAUGCCGUUCUUAAGUCCCCUAAAGUCCUUCCCGAAAACUUUGGGACAUUUCACAAAAUCGUAGAAAAUUUACCUUUUUUUUUUGCCUCCUGGAAGCCUAGGAUGUUUUUAGAGAACUGAUUUUUCGCUUCUCCAGUCAAAUAUUUUCCAGCCAUCAGAGCCAUGCACAUCAAGCUCUCUACCUGCCUCUUUCUGUGCCUCUGGCCAUGCAGCUUCAGUGCCAUCAGAAGAUACUACCUGGGUGCAGUGGAACUGUCCUGGGACUAUACGCGAAGUGAACUGCUCAGUGAGCUGCAUGUGAACACGAGGUUUCCUCCCAGAGUGCCCAAACCUUUUCCAUUCAACACAUCAGUCAUGUACAGAAAGACUGUGUUUGUAGAGUUCACGGAUCAACUUUUUAACAUCGCCAAGCCCAGGCCACCAUGGAUGGGUCUGCUGGGUCCAACUAUCCAGGCUGAGGUUUAUGACACCGUGGUCAUUACAUUUAAGAAUAUGGCUUCUCAUCCUGUUAGUCUUCAUGCUAUUGGCGUAUCCUACUGGAAAUCUUCUGAAGGUGCUGCAUAUAAGGAUGAAACCAGCCAAAGGGAGAAGGAAGAUGACAAAGUCAUUCCUGGUAAAAGUCAUACCUACGUCUGGCAUAUCCUGAAAGAAAAUGGUCCAACAGCCUCUGACCCACCAUGUCUCACCUACUCAUAUCUUUCUCAUGUGGACCUGGUGAAAGACGUGAACUCAGGUCUCAUCGGAGCCCUGCUAAUUUGUAGGGAAGGGACUCUGAUCAAAGAAAGGACACAGACCUUGCACAAAUUCAUACUACUGUUUGCUGUAUUUGAUGAAGGGAAAAGUUGGCACUCGGGAAAAAAUGAGUCCUUGACACAUGUUAUGGAUUCUGCCUCUGCACUGCACACCAUCAAUGGCUAUGUAAACAGGUCUCUGCCAGGUCUGAUUGGAUGUCAUAAGAAAUCAGUCUAUUGGCAUGUGAUUGGAAUGGGCACCACCCCAGAAGUGCACUCAAUUUUCCUCGAAGGCCACACAUUCCUCGUGAGGAACCAUCGCCAGGCUUCCUUGGAGAUCUCACCAAUAACUUUCCUUACUGCUCAGACAGUCCUGAUGGACUGUGGCCAGUUUCUACUGUUUUGUCGUAUCUCUUCCCACCAACAUGAUGGUAUGGAAGCUUAUGUCAAAGUAGAUAGUUGCCCAGAGGAACCCCGACUAUGGAUGAAAAAUAACCAAGAAGAAGAUUAUGAUGAUGGUUUGGAUGACUCUGACAUGGAUGUGGUCAGGUUUGAUGGUGACAGUGUGCCUCCCUUUAUCCAAAUGCGCUCAGUUGCAAAGAAGCAUCCUAAAACUUGGGUCCACUACAUUGCUGCUGAAGAGGAUGACUGGGACUAUGCCCCCUCGGUCCUCACCUCCAAUGACAGAAGUUAUAAAAGUCUGUAUCUGAACCACGGUCCUCAGCGGAUUGGUAGGAAGUACAGAAAAGUACGAUUUAUAGCUUACACAGAUGGAACAUUUAAGACUCGUGAAGCUAUUCAGCAUGAAUCAGGGAUCCUGGGGCCUUUACUUUAUGGAGAAGUUGGAGACACACUUUUGAUUAUAUUUAAGAAUCAAGCAAGCCGGCCAUAUAACAUCUACCCUCAUGGAAUCACUGAUGUCAGUCCUUUGCACUCAGGGAGAUUUCCAAAAGGUGUGAAACAUUUGAAAGACAUGCCAAUUCUGCCAGGAGAAGUGUUCAAGUAUAAAUGGACAGUGACUGUAGAAGAUGGGCCAACUAAAUCAGAUCCUCGGUGUCUGACCCGAUAUUACUCGAGUUUCAUUAACUUAGAGAAAGAUCUAGCUUCAGGACUCAUUGGCCCCCUCCUCAUCUGUUACAAAGAAUCUGUAGAUCAAAGAGGAAACCAGAUGAUGUCAGACAAGAGAAAUGUCAUCCUGUUUUCUGUAUUUGAUGAAAAUAAAAGUUGGUACCUCACAGAGAAUAUUCAGCGCUUCCUCCCCAGUGGAGUACAGCCCCAGGAUCCAGAGUUCCAAGUCUCCAAUGUCAUGCACAGCAUCAAUGGCUAUGUUUUUGAUAGCUUGCAGCUGUCGGUUUGUUUGCAUGAGGUGGCGUACUGGUACAUUCUAAGUGUUGGAGCCCAAAUUGACUUCCUCUCUGUCUUCUUCUCUGGAUAUACCUUCAAACACAAAAUGGUCUAUGAAGACACACUCACCCUAUUCCCCUUCUCGGGAGAAACUGUCUUCAUGUCAAUGGAAAAUCCAGGUCUGUGGGUUCUGGGGUGCCACAACUCAGACUUUCGAAACAGAGGCAUGACAGCCUUACUGAAGGUUGAUAGUUGUGACAGGAACGUUGGCGAUUAUUAUGACACAUAUGAAGCUAUUCCAACCUUCCUGCUGAGUGAAAACAAUGUCAUUGAACCCAGAAGCUUCUCCCAGAAUUCAAGGUACCCUAACACUAGGCAAAAGCAAUUCAAACCCACCAUGACUCCAGAAAAUGACAUGGAGAAGAUUGACCCUCAGUCUGGAGAGAAAGUGCAGCUGCUUAAAGAACAAAGUGUCUCCUCUAGUGAUUUGUUGAUGCUCUUGGGACAGAAUCCUACUCCACACAGAUUAUCCUUAUCUGAUCUCCAAGAAGACAGAAAUGAGCCUACUGAUCAUUUGCCUGGACCAACUGAAAGAAACAAGGGCCCAUUCCCAUCUGAAGUGGCACAUCUUGGACCAGAGCUGCAUCACAGUGGGGAAAGAGUAUUUACUCAAGAGCCAGAACUGCCACUAAGAUUAAAUGAGAAUUUGGGAACAACUAUAAUGGCAGAGUUGAGCAAACUUAAUUUAAAAAUUUCAAGUUCAUCAAACAAUCUAAUGCCUUUACCAACAAUUCCAUCAGACAAGUUGUCAGCAGGUACUGAAAAGACAGGUUCCUUUGGACCCCCAAAUAUGCCAGUUAAUUUUAAUAGUCAAUUAGGUGCCACUGUAUUUGGCAAAAAUUUAUCUCAUGUUAUUGAGUCACAUGUACCUUUGCUCUUGAGUAAAGAAGAUAAUAAUUCCAAGUUGUUAGAAGCAGCUUUAAUGAAUAGUCAAAAAAGUUCACUGGGAGAAAACGUAUUAUCAAUGGAGAGUGAUAGGUUAUUUAAAGAGGAAAGAGUUCAUGGACCUGUGUCAUUGAACAAAGAUGAUACUUUAUUUAAAGUGAAUAUCCCUUUAGUAAAGACAGGCAAGGCACCAGCUAACUCAACAACUAAUAGAAAGACUCACAUUGAUGACCCAACAGUAUUAAUUGAGAAUAGUACAUCAGUCUGGCAAGAUAUUGUAAUAGACAGUAAUACCAAUUUUCAAGAAGUGACUUCUUUGAUCCAUGAUGAAUUGUUUAUGCACAAAAAUACUACAUCUUUUGGACUAAGCCAUAUGUCAAAUAAAACUACUUCAUCCAAAAAAAGGGAAAUGAUCCAUCAAGAAAAAGAAGGCCCUGAGCCACUAGAUACAAAAUAUCCAGAUACACCAUUCUUCAAGACUCUGUUUUUGCCAGAUUCAACAAAUGUGAUAAAAAGGACCCAUGGCAAGAACUCCCUAAGCUCUGGGCAAAGGCCCAGUCCAAAGCAAUUCGCAUCAUCAGUAUCAGAAAACUCUGUGAAAGAUCAGAAUGUCUUAUCAGAAAAGAAUAAGGUAGUAGCAGGAGAGGAUAAAUUUAGCAAGGACACCAGCCUCGAAGAGAUGAUUUUUCCAAAUAGCAAAAGCAUAGUUCUUACUAACUUGGCUAAUGUCCAAGAAAAUGAUACAGACAAUCAAGAAAAAAUAUCCCAGGAAGAGACAGAAAGGAAAGAGACAUUAAUCCCCGAGAAUGCAGUUUUGCCUCAGGUGUAUACAGUGAUUGGAACUAAGAAUUUCCUGAAGAACCUCUUUUCACUAAGCACUAAGCAAAAUGCCGGAGGUUUAGAUGAAGAGACAUAUACUCAAGACAACAGGUCAUUAAGUGAUUCAGCAAAAAGAGCUGGGAUUCAUGCGGCCCAUUUCUCAAAAGGAAGGGUGGAAGCAAAUGUGAAAGGCUUAGGGAAUCAAACAAAGCAAAUGGUAGAGAAAUCUCCAAGCACUACAAGACUGUCUCCUAUCCCAAGUCAGCAGGAUGCAGUUCCUCUGAGGAGUCUUAGGUCAAUUAGACCUACAGAUGUGACCAAGAUUCCUUUCGAAGAUAACUCUUCUCAUCCUCCAGCAUCAACCUAUGGUUAUAACUUGGGGACAAGUCAUUCUGGGGUCCAAGAAACCAGUCAUUUCUUACUCGGAGCCAAGAAAAAUAACCUUUCCUUAGCCUUGCUAACAUUGGAAGUAAUUGGAAGUCAAAGAAAGAGCAGCACCCUGGGGAAACAGGCUGCAAAUCCACUCAUGUACAAGAAACUUGAGAACACGUUUCUGUUGAAACCAGGCUUGUCUGAAGCAUCUGGGAAAGUUGUUCAUCAGGAAGACUUGCCUACAAAAACUAGCAAGGUUUCUCCUGCCCGCCUGGAUCUCAGGGAAGAGAUCUUCCUUCAGAAAACACAGGGACUUGUUAAAUUGAAUAAAGUCUACAGGCCUGGAAAAGUGCCAUCUCUGAAAUGGACAACAGAAAGCUCUGAAAAGAUUCCCUCCAAGCUGCUGGGUCCCCUUGCUUGGGAUAACCAAUCAGCUACCUUGAUACCAAGAGAAUCCUGGAAAUCCCUAGAGAGGUCACACAAACUCACAUCUUUGAAGACAAAAGAUAUCACUUUGCCCCUAGACCCUAGUGAAAACUAUUAUUCAAUAGCAGUAACAAAUGAAGGAGAAGAUAAGGCCCAAAGAGAAGCUCCCUGGCCAAAGCAAGGAGGGACUGGAAGGGUGUGCUGUCAAAAUCCACCAAGCUUGAAACGCCAUCAAAGGGAGAUAACCCUUACUACUUUUCAGCCAGAGCCAGACAAAACUGACUAUGAUGAUACUUUGUCGAUUGAAACAAAGAGAGAAGAUUUUGACAUUUAUGGUGAAGAUGAAAAUCAGGACCCCCGCAGCUUUCAAAAGAGAACACGCCACUAUUUUAUUGCUGCAGUGGAGCGGCUCUGGGAUUAUGGGAUGAGUAGAUCCCCCCACGCACUAAGAAACAGGUCUCAGAAUGGAGGAGUCCCUCAGUUCAAAAAGGUGGUAUUCGAGGAAUUUACUGAUGGCUCCUUUACUCAGGCCGUAUACCGUGGACAAUUAAAUGAACACCUGGGACUCUUGGGACCAUAUAUAAGAGCAGAAGUGGAAGACAAUAUCAUGGUAACUUUCAAAAACCAGGCCUCUCGUCCCUACUCCUUCUAUUCUAGCCUUAUUUCUUAUAACGGAGAUCAGAGACAAGGAGCAGAACCUCGAAAAAAGUUUGUCAAGCCUAAUGAAACCCAAAGCUACUUUUGGAAAGUGCAACACCAUAUGGCACCCACCAAAGAUGAGUUUGACUGCAAAGCCUGGGCUUACUUUUCUGAUGUUGAUCUGGAAAAAGAUGUGCACUCAGGCUUGAUUGGCCCCAUUCUGAUCUGCCGCGUGGACACGCUGAGUGCUGCUCAUGGGAGACAAGUGACAGUACAGGAAUUCGCUCUGUUUUUCACCAUUUUUGAUGAGACCAAGAGCUGGUACUUUGCCGAAAACAUGGCAAGGAACUGCGUGGCGCCCUGCCAUGUCCAGCCAGAGGACCCUACUUUUCAAGAAAAGUAUCGCUUCCAUGCAAUCAAUGGCUACGUGAUGGAUACACUCCCUGGCUUAGUCAUGGCUCAGAAUCAAAGGAUUAGGUGGUAUCUGCUCAGCAUGGGCAGCAAUGAAAAUAUCCAUUCCAUUCAUUUCAGUGGCCAUGUGUUCACUGUGCGAAAAACGGAGGAGUAUAAAAUGGCGGUCUACAAUCUCUACCCAGGUGUCUUUGAGACCGUGGAAAUGCUACCAUCCAAGGUUGGGACUUGGCGAAUAGAAUGUCUUAUUGGCGAGCACCUACAAGCUGGGAUGAGCACUCUCUUCCUGGUGUACAACAAGGAGUGUCAAAUUCCACUGGGAAUGGCUUCUGGACGCAUUAGAGAUUUUCAGAUUACAGCUUCAGGACAAUAUGGACAGUGGGCCCCAAAGCUGGCCAGACUUCAUUAUUCUGGAUCAAUCAAUGCCUGGAGCACCAAGGAUCCCUCUCCUUGGAUCAAGGUGGAUCUGUUGGCGCCGAUGAUUAUUCACAGCAUCCUGACUCAAGGUGCCCGGCAGAAGUUCUCCAGCCUGUACAUCUCUCAGUUUAUCAUCAUGUACAGCCUCGAUGGACAGCGGUGGCAGGGUUAUCGGGGGAACUCCACUGGGACCUUAAUGGUGUUCUUUGGCAAUGUGGAUUCAUCUGGAGUAAAACACAAUAUUUUUAACCCUCCAAUUAUUGCUAGAUAUAUCCGUUUGCACCCAACGCAUUACAGCAUCCGCAGCACUCUUCGCAUGGAGUUGAUGGGCUGUGACUUAAAUAGUUGCAACAUGCCACUGGGAAUGGAGAAUAAAGCUAUAUCAGAUACACAGAUUACUGCCUCAUCCCACUUAAGCAACAUGUUUGCCACCUGGUCUCCUUCACAAGCCCGACUUAACCUUCAAGGGAGGACAAAUGCCUGGAGACCCCAGGUGAAUAAUCCAAAAGAGUGGCUACAAGUGGACUUCCAGAAGACAAUGAGAGUUACAGGAAUAACCACCCAAGGGGUGAAAUCUCUGCUUACCAGCAUGUAUGUGAAGGAGUUCCUUAUAUCCAGUAGUCAAGAGGGCCAUAACUGGACUCCAUUUCUUCAGAAUGGCAAAGUGAAGGUUUUUCAGGGAAAUCAAGACUCCUUUACCCCCGUGGUGAAUGCUCUAGACCCCCCGCUGUUUACCCGCUUCCUUCGGAUUCACCCGCGGAGCUGGGUGCACCAUAUCGCCCUGAGGCUGGAGUUUUGGGGUUGUGAGGCGCAGCAGCAGUACUGAGGCCUGGUGCCUCCCUUCUGUCCCUGAGCCUUUCCUAACUGAAAUGCAGCAUCCUUGUGAGCCCUUCCGCUGGGUGACUUCCUGCCCCACAGUGCAAUCCGUUUUUGCUGUAUUUCGAUGCCUCUGUGCCAGCAGCUGUGCCCUGAAACCACCCAAAUCAAUUGCCAUGGGGACUGCGUUCUCUGGAGUCAUGUGGAAAGCAUUCUUCUACGGAAGUGGCAGUCACUUCCUCCUCUGUGGUGAUGAAGAAGGGUCACGACCAUACUAGGCUACUAAAGGACAUGUUUUUAACAUUUUCUUAGAAAAAUGAGGAAACUCCGUGGCUCUCUCGGAUAGGAGACCCAACACGAUGUACCAGGAAAUUCUGUACGGUGACAGAAAACUAGAGGCCCUCUUUACACAGUUAAAUAUUGGGGAGUCAGAAGGAAACUGAGCUGGAGGAAGCAGAGAGAAAAUUCUUCCAGUCAGCCACAUGCCCUUUCCAAGAGGAACCCCCGCCUUGCCCCGCCCCUACUAUAUAAGGUUCAAAAUGGUUUACUGUCCUGGAAAAGUGAAAAUUAGAGAUUAAUGUAUAGAAAUCAGUAAGCUGCUUUGCUGUAUAGCCUGGUAGAGAUGUUAAUCCCCCAAAUGAUGUGGUUUGACUGCCUGCAAAAGUUAACCACUUUAAUGUUGACCUUAAUCAUCUUCUUGUAGCAUUCUUUUCCCAUUGACUACAUACAUCUCUAUUUUUCAACUGUUCUUGGAACCAGCUCUUUUGUCUUCCUGCUGGAAUAGUCAAUAAUCAGUUGAAUAAAACAUUGACAUGUAAAACCAAAUG